AUGCUUCCCAGGAUCCAGAAAAGCAUCUUCCAUCUCGGAGAGGAGGUUGGUUAUGGCCACCCCGGUGCUGAUCACCAUGGAGAUAACAUCGUUGCCAUCCAGCAGCACCUCGGGGGACACACCCAAGGCCGCCGGCUGCGGCGAGGAGGGCGAGACCCCGCUGACGUCGUCGUCGGGCUGCAGAUCCUCGUCCAGCACCACCCGCAACCGUGUCAUGUCGUUCUCAAGCAGAUGGUCAGCUCGCCGCCGGCCCGCCGCCGCCUUUCUGGCAGCUUCUCGGGGGCCUGCUUCCUGUGCCGGAGGGAGCUCAGUCCCGACAAAGACGUGUACAUGUACAGGGGUGACCAGGGGUUCUGCAGCGAGGAGUGCCGGGGACAGCAGAUCUUGUCGGACGAGGCGAGAGAGCACGAGGCCAUGAUCAGCAAGGAGCGUCGAGGUCUGGCUCACCGUCGUCACCACCACGGGCCACGCCCGGCGCCGCCGGGGGCGAUCCGGGGCGUGCCGAGGAGAUUACUGGCGGUAGCCUAG